GAAUUACCCAUUUGGAUCAGCUGUCGGAUUGGUUCCUGGGUUUGCAAACCUCGCCGGUCGCCUUGGACUUUGGAUCAACUUGUAAAUCGAAGACUGCCCAAACUAAUCACGUUGCAGAAGAAAAUACAGAGCGCAAGGCAUCAAAAUAAUUCCAAUGAGUGCAGGUGGUGCAUUCGGUGGAAAUAGAGGACUAAGGCCUGUACCGCCGGAGAAAGGAGUGUUCCCUUUGGACCACAUGCAUGAAUGCGACUUGGAGAAGAAAGAUUACCUUAAUUGUCUCAGAUCUUCCGGCCAUCAAUCUGAAAAAUGUAGAGAUUUCUCCAAAAAAUACCUGCAAUGUCGCAUGGAAAAGAAUUUGAUGGCAAGGCAGGCCAUGUCAGAACUCGGGUUUGAAAAGGAACCUGGUUUGGAAUCUUCUGAAGAAAAGAACAACGAGAGCAUUGAUAACUGAGUUGGAAAUAGUGGCAGAUCUAUUUGGAAUUAAAGACUGAAGCUUAUGCAGGUGCUGGCAGAGUUAUCGGAAUUCAUAUUCUUUUGAUCAAAUAUACUUUUUGUGGUUAUCAUAGAUUGCACACAACCAAGAUAACGGGGCAUUUUAGGGUUUGAUUAGAACUCUGUUCAGCUUUUAGGGAACUUCUGUUUGUGUUUUUUAGCCUCUAGUUGUGUGGAUCUAUCUACUUAUUUGACAGUUGAUCUGCAACAAUGAACUUUGUAAUUCACGAUGAUGAUUUUAGCAAAGUUUGAGCUUGAUUCUA